CUUCACAGGAGCUAAAUGUGAUUUAGUAGUGAUUUUAAUUUACCAUUCUUUAAGUGUAAAUUCAGCCAAGUGGAUCAGUGUUUUGAACUAAAUAAAACAAAAUUGUGCAAGUUUUUCAAUUUUACAAUGGAACCUGUUCUGGUAUAUUCAUUAAUACUCAGAUGAUAUUCAAUAACAACGCUGUGUCUUCUUCUUAUAUCAUAUUAACAAGAAAUUAUCAACUGUAAAACAAUAGAAAUCUAAAUCUUAAAAGAUAUCAUAUUACGAAACACACAAAGGAAAAAGUAUUUUGUUGGCUAAAUAUAGAUAUAUCAUAUCUGUUGUCGCUAAGUCAUGACAAGCAGAAAGUUCAACAUUUAACAUUUAAAAGUUCUAUGCCCUAAAUGUACGUUAUAUAUAUUUCCGUACAAGUGAAUGCAAGCAACAACGCCAGCAACGACAACAACAUCAUCACAAAAAAUAAAGAGAAAAGAAGUUAAGAACAUCACAAUCGUAAAAAGAUAUAAUUAAUUAAUCACAAUGGCUGAGUCGGCACAAGAUGCAGUUUUUGAUAAAAUUCUGGCACUCGUUGGAGAUGAUGGAAAAUUUCAGAAAAGAUUUAAUUACAUAUUUAAUGUUGCCUUAUCAAUGUUCUCAUCCAUGGUUUAUAUGAAUAUAAUAUUAGCAUUAAGCGUACCGACCCACUGGUGUCACGUACCCGGAAGAGAAAAUACGAAUUCAACUUUAGACGAAUGGCGUACACUUACUUUACCCAGAAAAUUAGACAGCAGUGGCAUUAGCAGUUUCAGUUCAUGCCAAAUGUACAACGUUAGCUUUCCAACAGACGACCAUCAAUGGGAUUAUGAGAAUUGGAAUUUUAGUGACCAUAAUGUUGUUGAAUGCGUUCAUGGAUACGAGUACGACAAGACGUGGUACGAAAACACCGUUGUUUCUCAAGAGAAUUGGGUUUGCGAAAAGGUCCUUUAUCAAACAAAUACUUACGUGUUCAUACGAAUCGGUGAAGUGAUUGGGACUUUCUUUUUCGGUCAAUUGGGCGAUACCUUUGGUAGGCGAAUCAUUUACUAUAUGUCGAUACUGGUAAUGUUGGGUGGACGAAUGGUUACAAUAUUCACGAGUUCAUGGUAUACGGCAUUUACGAUAGCUGUAAUUGUCGCGAGUUUGGCAUCGAAUUCAAUUUUUCAGUGUCCGCUCAUUAUAUCUAUGGAAAUAUCAAAACCAGAAAAGAGAGCUCAAAUUGCAAUGAUUCAAGCCCUCGGUUGGGCACUUGGUAUGUGUUUAAUGCCAUUAAUAUUUUGGGUUGUCAAAGAUUGGCAGAUAUUCCUAGUAACUACUACAGCACCAAUUGUAUUGUUCUUAUUUUUCCCCAAAUACAUGAUCGAAUCGCCUAGAUGGCUAGCAACAGUUGGAAAAUUUAAGCAAAGUGCUGAUACCCUAAAGCGUAUAGCUAAAAUAAAUGGGAAAAGCUUUGAAAUAACCGAAAAAUAUCUGAAAACAAUGCUACCGGAUCAGCAAACUACAAAAACAUAUGGGAUAAUUUCGCUGUUCAGUGGUCUACGGAUUGCUGUCAAUACAACUCUAUUAGUAUUGUGUUGGUGCGUUUGCAACAUAACUUACUUCCUGUUGGUAAUACUCAUCACUCAAUUACCCGGAAAUCCGUUUUUGAAUUUUUUCUGGCAGGGCGUUGUCGAAUUACCGUCGUACGUAAUUGGACAAUACUUGUGUAAUCGCAUUGGUAGACGCUUGACAAACUGCAUAAUGUAUAUAUCAGCAGCCGUAUUUUGUAUAUGCGCCUGUUUCGUUGUUCGAUAUACCGAGUAUAACAUUUAUACGAUUUGUUUGACCGUUCUGGCAAAGUUUUGUGUGAAUAUCACAUUCUUUGCUAUUAAUCUGCAAGCGCUGGAAACUUAUCCGACCUGUCUUCGGCAAUCGGGCAUUUCUGUUGGAAUGAUUAUUGCAAAUAUAUUUGGUAUAUGUGGUCCAUACAUCAGCUACAUGGGCACCGCCUAUGACUCUCGUUAUCCAUUCAUAAUUAUGUGCGGAUUAUUUGUAAUAGCAACCAUAUGCAGUUCGUUUCUACCAGAAACACUAUAUCAAAAAUUGCCUGAUUCAAUUGAAGAGGCGAGAACGUUCGGUGCCAAUCAGAAAUUUUGGAGCAUACCUAGACGAGUGAAAAAUCGGUUUGAAACUGAUUUAAGAAAGGAUGAUGAGACUGAAGAACUUAACCAAACAAAAUUUGCACCCUAACUGAAAAUGCAAAUUUCUCAACGAAAGAAAAAUCGAGCUAAAAAUCAUUUUCUGAGAUAAAAUACAAUAACGUUUGCCUUUUAUAUUCAUUAUUUUUCUUGUGACUUAAAAAAAAGAAGUAGAAAAGUAAAUAAUUUAUAUGCGAAUGGACGUAACUGUAUAAUAAAUCAUCAAGUCAA